AUGAUAGGAGCCAGAUUACAAAGUUGGGAGCUGAGGCAUCCGCUGUCUUGUUUAAACGUAGUGGUGUACCUCAGGGAAGUUGUCUGGGCCCAAUUCUUUUCAACCUGCACACAUAAGAUUUUCCUUCAUGUGUGCAAAAACAGUGGAGUACACCUGUAUGCAGAUUACUCACAAUUGCACUUGUCAUAUGCGCCUGGCAACAUUGAAGAGGCCUUUCUGAGGAUUAACUCUGAUCUAGAGAGAAUCAGCCAGUGGUUGCAUGACAAUGGCCUCAAACUCAAUGUUCGCAAGUGCACUGUGAUUCAUCUUGCCCCACACAACCUUGUAGAGGCCCUAAGUGACAGGGGUAUGAGAGUCACGAUCGGUGGCGAGAGUUUGGCUGUUUGUGACAGCGUGAAGACUCUCGGCGUAGUGCUGGAUAGGGACUUUACGUUCUCCAACCAUGUCAGUUAUACCAUCCAGCGUGCCAUUGGCAGGUUAAGGGGUCUCUACAGGUUUAGGGAUCUGCUGCCGGAGUCUGCAAGGCUGCAAUUCAUGCAGGCUUUCGUGUUCUCUGUGUUUUACUAUUGUUAUCCUGCUUAUGGCAACAGUAUUUCGAAGGGAGACGAGGAGCGAAUCCAGAAGCUUCAAAAUUAA